GUAAGACAGUUCUGCAAUGACAAGACGCACAACAGAGUAGCACCCACCAAGCACAACUCCCUGUGUGGCGGCCGCUCAGCCUGGCAGAUCAUCCAGCAGACUCCCGAUUUCGCUGGUGGACGGAACUCCGCCAGUAAUGGUAGCCGGGGGCUGGAUCCGAUGCUGAGGUUCGUCCAGCAAGCGAGUCCCAGAUAUGUCUUUGUCAUCGAGGACACGGCCACCAUGAACCUCCAGCGGCGGUGGGAGUUCCUGAGGAAGGCGAUGCGUCGUGUAGUCGUGUACGACGUGCCAGACGGAGCUCAUGUGGGUGUGGUUACUUUCCACUCCGUAGCGAGAACUGUGGCGCCUCUCACUUUCAUCGAAAGUGAAGAUUCGGAUAUGAGGCAACGAGUGGGAUCAUCCUUACCCCGCAACCCUUCAACUACUCCUGAGAGUCACAAAUGUAUCCUCUGCGGGCUGAAGGAGGCGCUAAGGGUUCUCGACGACACCAACAAGAAAGAAAACGGUGCCACUGUAAUCUUAAUUACCACUGGUUCUGGUCCGACGCCGCAACGUGAGGUGAAACAGAUGAGAAACUUAGCAGAGCAGCGACACCUAAGAAUUGAAGUGGUGUUGUAUCCGCUAACUGAGCGCCGGGGCGCCGCUACUGCCUCUCAUGGACUUGAGGUUUUGGUCGAACAGUCCCGAGGUUCCAUCUUCACCGUUAUGGACGAAGGUGUUGGUAAUGACUCGAAAGUGAAGAUGAUGGUUGCACUGAUGGACGCCCUACUAGCAAGUGUGCAACGCAGCGCUCCUUCCUCAGCCCCCGGAGCUCCUGUACUGGUACACAGCGCUGCCUACCCUGGUGGUAUUGCUUCCAUGUCCGCUGGCUCCUUCGCUCUAGAUGACUCGCUUGGCCCUAACGCUCGCUUCUCUGUUUACUAUUACGACCUGAACCACGUAGGCAACGCCAUCCAGUUGACAGCACCGUCUGGCCAGCUGAUCGCCUCCGUCAACGUCCAGGAAGAAGACGGUGAUGUCAACAUGAUCUUCAUCAUCCUGGAAAAGGCAGAGCGUGGUCUUUGGACGUACAGCGUAGAGAACCGAGCAGACUCUCACCAGGGUCUCUACGUGCAGGUCACUGCCAAGCGCAACACCUCCACAGGUCUGCAAGUCCGCCUCUGGACCAGCUCAGGCUCUCAGCCGGUUAACUCCUCCGACCCCUCCACGCCCGUAAUAAUCUAUGCAGAAGUGAAGGCAGGCGUGGCGCCCAUCAUGGACGCCCGCGUUGUAGCCAGACUCCAGAGACUGGGUACCAACGCCACUGGCAGCAACUACCAUCCCAUCUUCCUUGACUUGUUGGACAACGGCAUAGGUGACCCAGAUAUCACCAAAGGAGAUGGGCUGUACUCUCGAUACCUACCUCCGCUUCCUGGUCCUGGCCGGUAUCUUCUGAGUGCUGACAUCGACUACAACAGCGGGCUGGCAUCCGUAGCUAAGGGACCCCCAACGCGCCAUCACAAGAGCCUAGCCUCGCACCUGCCUUUUUUUCACCAACAUGGUUAUGACACCUGGAACAGCGAGCAGACGUGCUGUGGUUAUGCUCUACCUUACGUGCAUACACGCCGUGCCCCGCCCUUCCUGCACGUCACCUGGGGAGUGCUGGAAGUGGUAUCCCUCUCUACCCACCAUGAUAACGUCCCACCCUCACGCAUCCUGGACCUCCGCGUGGAGGUUAAUGACACAGUACACGAAAUUAAGCUGCGUUGGACGGCUCCUGGGGACGACUGGGACGUGGACCGAGCUCACCACUACGAAGCCGUGGUGGCGCCUUUCUGGAAGGAAGCCAGGGCCUUCCAGGGAGACCGACUAACUGGUCUUCCUCAACCACUCCCAGCCGGAACACUCCACACCACUAAUUUGCACUUCACUAGAUACGAGGAGCUGUGGUUUGUGACUGUGCGGGCGGUGGAUGAAGCUAACAAUAUGGGCGGAGUGGGCAACAUUGCAGCGCUCUGGGUGCCACGUCCGCCCACCACCUAUGAGAUCACUACCAGGACUCACCCAGCACUUACUACCUCAGGGAAUUACACGAUGCCGUCAGAGCUUGGGUCUGGUCGACCUGUUGGUAAGACAGAGUUUCAACUUGAGGACGUAGCAGUGAUCCUGGGUAGCAUCGGUGGAUUUCUGAUAGUGGUGGCUACAGUAGUGUUUUACUGCUACUGUUAUACCAAAAGACGUAAGCAGCAUCAUGAGAAAGACGUGAAGAAGGCGCGAGAGGGAGGAGGCAGCGGUAACCUCAUAGUUAAACCGGGAACCCUGAGCAUGGAGGAGGGCGGCGGCAGCCACGAAUCCUUAGAUAGUAUAGUGAAGGACGAUCCAGGAACUGCACGAGACGGUCCCCCCCUCUCCCCAGUUCAGUCUUGGGGAGCAACCACACUAAUAAAAGAGCACGAACGCCGAAUGUCAGUUCACAGCGAGGUGGCUGAAGACGGACCUGUGGCUUACAAAGCGAACGGGCUGUCUCCCCACGCGCCCUUCCCGGACGUAACAGUAACAAGCAGCCGGCUAGCGUCUGAAGGCGAGGGAGGCGGCGAAUCACAGGUGUACCCUCCAUGCACGCACGAGGAGAACACCUGCAACUGUGCUUCUUCAAGACUCGAGUAUAAUAGUUACGCUCCCACCUGGGACGAGCCUCUCACAGGUCACCUGCUCUCUCGGGCUCACACCUCCCCAGCGCCAACGCCCGCAGCUCACCAGCCCAAUCUUCCACAGAUAGACCGAAAGCGUCGCAAUGUGACCCAGGUGUAAUGCUGCUCUAUUGUAUCCCACAUACCAUGAUAAAGCCAAGGCCUUCAGCUCUAAGAUGUUCCAUAGGAAAUGUGAUCCUCACUCUGAUAAACUCUACACUGAUGAGCCUUGAGGUGAAAUUGCAUUUAGAAACAGUGGUGGUGUUCUUCCAAAAAUGGAGUUAUGAUGGGCGGUGUUAUGAAGCAGACAUCUGAGAGAUUUAUUAUGGUGCUAAGCUACCAACAUGAUAAAUUUUGUCAGUUGUCAGAUAUGCAGGAACAACUUGGCCAGAUAUUUUAUGACAGAAAUAUGAAUCUUUCAUUAGUGUUUUACAGCUGCUCUUAGCUCAGAAAAUAUGAUUUAUAGCAGUCUCUGUUAUAGGCCAAAUCAGUCAGACGCUAAUAUUAAGGAACUAUAGAUGAGGUAAAAAACUUGUGACCUGAUCAACGUGACGUGGUGUAUUGUCUGUGUUUCUUAUUCUCUCAAAGCUCAUGUGGGAAUCAACAAUGUCAGUUUUUUUAUUUAAUAAGUUAAUCUUCGUUGCGUCAACAUCACAUCGCUAUUGGAGCUGCGUGACUGAGUGUCGACUGAGUGAAAUACGACGCCUCCUGAUGAAAUGUUGUGUAUGUAUGCUAGGGACCAAAAUAAUCUAUAUUUCGAAGUGUAACGAGAAAAAAAACUUUAUAUUUCCAGUUUUUAUGAUUAUCUUAAUGUGGAAAAAUCAUAUCAUUGCAUAUGUAAUUUUAAAGUAGAUUAUUUAAGAUAUGCAUAGGCUUAUUGUUCUAUGUGAUAUACAUGUAUAUAAAUGAAUGUGACUGGUUGCUAUUAACGUACCCUUCCAUGACUUUUUAUUUUCUUCUCCUAUAAUUCGGAAGGAUUUUUGGAGUUAGCUGUCGCUACCCUUAUGUUCCAUGUUUCUUUCCUCGUAUCUCACCCUAUCCCUUUUUUUCCUUUCCCCUCCCUCAGAGCCUAGAUUUUUAUACUGGCAAACUCUAGUUGAGAGAAAGUGUUAUUUUCUGAGACUUUUGAACAAACAGUCAAGGCAUAAACAGGGUGUUCCGCUUUUUAUGUUGUAAAUGCUUUGUGAUGAUCACUUCAGAGAUAAACCAGAUGCAUUUAAGCCCUUAGACUUUAGUCUGGGAUUAAUUAGUGUUUCGGUAUGGCUUAACGGAUUAAGAAAGAUCAUUUCUGCAGACUCAUGUCUAAUGCUUCAGUCCGUAUUUUUGUAAAUCAUCGUGACGACUAUUUUUUUUUUAUUUAUUUUAUGUAGGUUAAAGGAUACUGUCAACUCUCUUGCUAAGAAAUAAUUUACACAUGACGCAUCCUCAGUAGUAUUCAGAGUAGUGUUAAUUCUAAGUUUUAUCCGGAAACUUCGUUAUAUACGAAGCUUUCAGCAGCAAACUCCGUUAUUACAAAGCUUUGGCUUCUAAUUUCGUUUAGGACUCCCUUUUACUUAUAAUGAUACCAAUUGUGGCUGUGCGUAGAAUUAUUGCCUCUGUUUUACGGUCAAGAGACACACCUAUUAACACCUGGUAAGCCAUAUCAAACACUAAUACCUUUAACCCUUACCCUACCAAUAGCAUUACAGUGUUAGAGAAUAAGUCUCGUUUGUUGACUUGUGUCCUCAGUGAGUGUACCCAGGGAGGCGUUACGAUAUUUUCUUACUGUGUGGUGUAAGGAGUGUGUGUUUAACAUACAAGUGGGUGUUGUACGGUGUUUUGCACUAGUCAUUAAAGUUUGCCAAG